AUUAUUUAAGAUAUUUGAAGUUUUUCUUCUUUGAAAAACGAAGUAUUUUAAGCCAGAAUAUUGUAACGGGAAUUUCUCUUGUCCAAGUACGACAACUGGUAAAGGGACAUCACUGGUGUUGAAUUACACCGAGGACCUACUGAUCUAGUCAUCGGACGGCACUAACAAGGAAGUACAUGAUACAUAUCGUGUUUUAAACCCUGCUUGUGCAUUCCAUGUCGGCAGACUGAAAUAGAUUGUCCUCGUCGCUCAGUGUCAGCCCAGAAAUGGCGUACUCAGGAAGUACCCAUGGUGACAUCAUGACAAUUUCUCAUGACAAAUAUGCAGUAUACAAUGAACAACUCUACAAGAAAGUGUUACCUACUUUUAAAAGGCACAUCCCAGUAGAUAUCAUGGAUGAACAUGUAAUAUCUGACAAACUAAUGAUUUCAGAAAUGGAAAAAAUAAGAAAGAAGGAGGAAAACGAUGGACAUCAGGCAGGGGCAGGUUUACUCCUACAAACACUACAUACAAAGCCGAACUGGUUCAGCUGUGUUAUCGAGGCCAUGAAAUCAGAUGCUUGUAAACUCCAUGAAUUCAUUCCCAAGUUUGAAGGUAUUAAAGAGGAGGUCAACAAGGAAUGGCUGAAGAAACACCCUAGAAGUGAACUGCCCCGACCUGUCAAUGCUUCACCUCAUAUUGUACCAGAGAGCAGCUUUGAUCUCCCUCUGCAAAAUGCCAGAAUACAAAAAGACAGUGAUGCAAAUACAAAGCUCAAAACACCUAUAAGAACAGAUCAGGCACGUGAUCCUCCAAUGGCUGAAGAUGAAAGUUCAGACUGUGAUUAUGUAGAUGGAGCAUCUGAUGCAAGAAGUCUUCAGACGGAUGCUACACCCGAAAUACAGCAAGAGUCGAGGGAACCACCACUGUCUCACUUUACCAGACGGGACCACCCUGGACUAAAGGAUGCCCUUUCUUUUAAACCUGCAAAAGACUUCGAUAGAAACUUUGUCAGAGCACAGCUGGCUGGUUUCCCAGCUUUUACAGAUGAUGAAGAAGAACAACAAAUUAUUCAGCUGUUACAACCACACUUACACAAGGCAGGAAGCUAUGUCAUUUGGUACUGGGCAUUAGCUAAAAGACCAACUGUCUGUGUAGUAGCAGACGGAGAAAGGUUCGUGACCUUUGUGGUACACAAGUCUUCCAAGACCCCAACCUCAUAUUUCAUCCAAAAACGGCAAAAGAGAUCCCAGUCUCUGAAAGAAAUUGUGCAGUACCAUAUAGACAGAGGUAUCAGCUAUACCCGUGACGAAAGGACUGUUAAUAUAUUGCUCACUACGCCAGUUUCAAGUCGUUCAAGGAGGCUCUGAUUAAUUCUGGAAGUUAUUUUUCUCAUAAGGACAAGAUCUCUGUUAUUGUUUUUGACAAUGUAAUAGCCCAAAAUUUGACUACACUGUACAUUUUAAAUUGUAACAUUUUGUGAGGCAGUUUUGAACUUUUUCAGGUAAAUAGGAAUGCAGAUUUUGGUCAAGCAUUGGAUUAUACAUAGUUUAUCAUUUCCCAGAACAAUCUCAGCACAUUAAGGAGAUUUUAAACUAUGUUCUAAGUAAAAGCUUGUUAGCAUGCACAAACUGUCAUGGUUGAAAAACAAUUGAUAACAUUUGUAACUUGUAAUCACUAAAGACAGAUAAUUUAUACUCUUGUUUGAUUUUUAUAUUAAUGUUAAUUCAGGCAAAUUUUAUUUGCACUUCAAAUUAUCCCCAAAUCGUCAUUUUAAAAUAUAUUAGAUAAUAAGUAACUUUUAAUUUCUGCAAUCAAGGUUAAAUCUUGAAGAGAGUGGCAUAAUGAUCUUUGCGCUGUAAACAUUUUCUUUGACCUCCUUUGUGUGUGCAUGUGUGUGUGCACCUGUAUGCAUGCAUAUGUGUAAAUGGUCAGUAGAACUUUGUGUAAAUGCUUUAUUAAUUGAAUUCUACACUUCACACUCCUUUUCCUGGACCAUUGAAGUGUUUGUGUGCACAUGCAUGGAUUUACAUUUGAAAGAUGAUUAGUGUCAGUAUUUUCUUCUUCAUCCACUGUUCAUCAACCCAUUGUCAUUUUUUAAUCGGUCUAUCUUUCUAUGCAGUGCAUAUUGCUGGUCUUCUUUUUUCCCAGCCAACUGACAAUGUUUGCUGUUUAUAAAAUUUACAAGUUGUGUACAAACUAAAAUCAUUAUACGUUAUACAGCAAAAUCCAUGAUCACAAAUAAAGUAUACACAUCUGUCAACUCC